CUUCCCCCCACUAAACUUCUACAUUCUCAGCCUCAACCUUUUAUUCAUUCCCCCUAGAAAGCAUAGAAAAGAACCACAAAUACAAGGAAUGUCUUCCUCCGAAGCGGAUAAGGAAGCCGCCGAGAGGGAAGCCGCCGAGCAAGCUGCCUUGCCAUACCAGUGGAGACAGACCAUUGCCGAAGUCGACGUUACCAUUCCGGUUCCGCAAGGUACUCGCGCUAGGGAUCUGGUGGUGGAAAUCAAGUCCGAGUCGUUGAAGGUUGGGUUGAGGGGACAAGAGCCCAUCUUGGAAGGCAAAUUUCCCAAGCGUAUCGUCCUCGACGAAUCAACUUGGUCUCUUGAGGACCAAAAGUCCGUCGAGGUCCAUCUGGAAAAGGUUAACAAGAUGGAAUGGUGGGCCCACGUUCUUACCCACCAUCCUCAGAUCGAUACCUCAAAGAUUCAACCCGAGAACUCAAAACUUGGAGAUCUUGAUGGGGAGACUAGGGCUAUGGUCGAGAAGAUGAUGUACGACCAGCGCCAGAAGGAGAUGGGCAAGCCCACCAGUGAUGAGGAGAAGAAGAUGGAAAUGCUGAGGAAAUUCCAGCAACAACACCCUGAAAUGGACUUUUCCAAUGCAAGGAUGGAGUAGCAGAUAUCCGCUCGGGCUACUUAUGCAUAGCUAAGUGUUGGUUAAUCGCUUGUCGGGAGCACUUAAUAAACGAACAAGUGAACAUA